UUUGGUAAAGCGAUGAUAACAUGGUAGCCAAGUGUUGGAGCUUCAAGUUUUAGAGAAUAAUAUCUCAUCAUUUCUCCGACAUAAACUUCGAUCCGGCUUUAUAGGAAACAAAAUGGCUUUUUCCAGAACCUGGUUUUUAUAUCCUUUUAUCCUACUGAUGUUCUCAAGUCAUGUCACGAAAUACUUUGAGGUUGCUGCAAUGGACACAAUCACACCGGGGAUUCACUUGAUUAGCUCAGCAACGAUUGUUUCAGCUGGUGAAAUGUUUGAGUUAGGAUUUUAUCAACCUGCAAAUUCAGUGAAUUACUAUGUGGCAAUUAUGUACAAGAAUAUCUUAGAAGAUCGAGUCGUUUGGAUAGCGAACCGGGAUUAUCCUGUGACUGCUUCAGCCUUUUUCUGCAUAGGCAAAGACGGCAACCUAGCGAUUCGGCAAGGUAGGAUCAUUUACAUGGUGACGGAUUUAAAUUUAACUAAUGCAAAUGUGAGUGCAACAUUGUUGGAUUCAGGCAAUCUUGUUUUGAGAGAUGAGAAUUCUAGCAUCUUAUGGCAAAGCUUUGAUUACCCUUCCCAUACUUUCUUGCCCGGGAUGAAACUCGGAUACGAUACGAUGAUUGGGAAAACUUGGUCAUACGUGUCAUGGAGGAGCUCUAAUGACCCAAGUCCUGGAAAUUUCACCUUCCAAUUGGAUCCCGGGAAAGAAAAGAGGCUCGUAAUCUUGAACGGAGACCAAAUAUACUGGAGAUCAAUUAGGCCAUGGGGAGAUGACAGCAGCUUUUUCGAAUUCCCUCCUGAAGCAAGGAUGAACAUGUACAACUUCACCUUUGUUUCUGAAUCCGAUGCAGCUUAUCUCACUUACACACUCUAUAGGAAUGACAUAAUCAGUCGAUUUACUCUCGAUGCAACAGGACAAUUGAGACAAGUCUUAUGGUUAGAAAAUGAAUGGAGUUUGUUGAACAGUCAACCGAGACAACCAUGUGACGUAUACGCUUACUGUGGAGCCAAUUCGAGCUGCAGCAAUGUUUCGUCCCCAUUUUGUAGCUGUUUACCUGGAUUUGAACCAAGCUCGGCGGAGCUUUGGAGCAAUGGAGAUUUCAAAGAAGGGUGCAAUAGGAAAAAUGAUUUACAAUGUGGCAUGGAAGGUCCAGGGACUACAGAGGAUGGAUUUCAUGAGAUUUCUAAUGUAAAAUUGCCACGAAAUCAGCUACCUCUAGAGGUUCAAAGCAUUGGUGAAUGCAGAUCAACUUGCUUAAAUAACUGCUCGUGUUCCGGUUUCUCGUAUACCGAUCAGAAUUGCUCGAUAUGGAGCGGCGAUCUUAUCAACUUGCAGCAGCUUCCAGCUGAUGGCAUCUCUGGAACAACUUUUUAUCUCAGACUAUCAACAUCGGAUUUGGGGACUAACAGAAGCACAAACAAUAUUAGGAGAGCAAUUAUUGUAUCAGUGACGAUUUCCAUGACAGUUUUUGGUUCAGCAUUGUUCAUUUGGCAAGUGAAGAAGAAAAGGGAAGAUAGAAAAGGGCAAGACUUGUUAACAUUUGAUAUUACUAUGAGCCCAGCACGUUCCGAAAAGAAACCAGCGAAACAAAGACGACAAGUAGAACAUGAGAAGGAAGUGGAAAUUCCAUUGUUCAGCUUUUCAAGCGUAUCAGCUGCUACUGAUAACUUCUCCUUCUCAAACAAACUUGGAGAGGGCGGUUUUGGACCUGUUUAUAAGGGAAAGUUAUUGAAAGGUGAAGAAGUAGCCGUAAAAAGGCUGUCGAGAAAAUCCAGGCAGGGUUGGGAUGAGUUAAAGAACGAAGCAAUGCUGAUCGCCAAACUCCAACACAAGAACCUUGUGAAACUUCUUGGUUGCUGCAUUGAAGGAGAUGAAAACAUUCUGAUCUACGAAUAUCUUCCCAAUAAGAGCUUGGAUUCUUUCCUCUUUGGUACCAAUGCAAUCUUCGUACUACCUUGGGAAACUAGAGUCCGAAUCAUCGAAGGAAUCGCUCAAGGCCUUCUUUAUCUCCAUCAAUAUUCCAGGGUUCAAAUCAUUCACAGGGAUUUGAAGGCCAGCAACGUCUUGUUGGAUAAGGAUAUGAACCCGAAAAUUUCCGACUUCGGGAUGGCUAGAAUCUUCGGAGGCACUGAACAACGAGCCACCAAUCGAAUCGUGGGAACUUAUGGUUACAUGGCUCCGGAGUAUGCUUUGGAAGGUGUUUUCUCAGUGAAAUCAGAUGUAUUCAGCUUCGGGGUUUUGUUGUUAGAGAUUUUGAGUGGCAAAAAGAACACUGGUCUUUAUCUCACCAAUUCUCUCAAUCUUAUUGGAUAUGCAUGGGAUCUUUGGACAAGUAAUAAGCCAUUGGAGUUGAUGGACAUCGACCUACAAGAUAAGUGUUGUCCAAAUGCAGCUACUAGAUACAUCAAUACUGCACUCCUUUGCGUCGAAGAUCGAGCAUCUAACAGACCAACCAUGUCCAAUGUCUUCAUGAUGUUGAACAACGAACUCGCCAUCUUGCCUUCUCCGGUGCGACCGGCUUUCUCGAAUGUCCGAAGUGGACUAGAGUCGAGUCAGAGCAUACCAGAGAUCUCCCAGAAUAAACUUACAGUCUCGGUUGUUGUCCCUCGGUGA